AUGGGUUCGAUACAACAAGUGGCCAGGCCGUUUCCGCCUGGUAUUCAUGUGCCUAGCCUAACUUGGUUCCGCAACGACGAUUCUCAAGAAAUAGACUGGGACUUGCAAGAGAGGCAUUUGAACUUUGUGAUCACCUCUGGUCUUCAUGGCAUUGUCAUCGCGGGAACCAAUGGCGAAGCUGUAACAUUAACCCAAGAUGAAAAGAUCAAGUUAAUAACGAUGACACGCCGCGUCGCUAUUCAGGCUGGAAGACCAGAUAUCCCAAUCACCGUGGGAUGCUCUGGACAAUGCACGCGAGAUAUCAUUACAGAAACGAAGCUGGCAAAAGAAGCCGGUGCAGAUUUUGUCUUGGUGCUUGUACCCAGCUAUUUUCAUUUUGCAAUGAAUAAGGACAGCAUUGUUGCCUUCUUCGAAGAGGCAGCUGAUGCGAGCCCACUUCCCAUCUUGAUAUACAACUAUCCCAAUGUUGUUGCCGGACUCGACGUCGACUCGGAGAUGCUAGAUCGCCUGGCCAAACAUGCAAACAUCGUCGGUGUGAAGCUGACAUGCGGCGGCAUUGCCAAGGUAUCUCGCAUUGCUGCCACUUACAGCCCAAACAAGUUCAGUGCUCUUGCUGGUCAAAGUGACUGGCUCGUUCCAGCACUAUCUGUCGGUAGCACAGGCGCCAUUACUGGAAUAGCAAACUUAUAUCCUAAAACUUGUAUACAGAUUUACGAUCUUUUCGUAGCAGGCAAGGUGAAAGAGGCUACAGCACUGCAGUUGGAGCUCUCAAAGAUGGAAUGGGGCUUUGCCAAGGGUGGUAUUAACGGUACGAAGUGGGUAGUCGCAAAGUUGCGUGGCUAUCCUCAAGAGAGCUGUCAUUGUCGCCGACCAUAUCCAAAGUAUGACAACACAACGCAGCAGGAAUGGAUUGUUGGUGUGGUUGGCGCUCUGGAGGGGACUGAGAAUAGCAUUGCCAAGGGAUGA